AUGGCUGCCUAUUGUCCCCGCGGGGCCGGGAAGGAGCGGAAGGGAGGGCCGCCGCCAGGCCAGGCAGGAAGCGAGCGCCCGUUACUUGGCAACCCCCGGAAGUUCCUCCCUGACCGCCGAGCAGAGCUCCGCCUCUUCAUUUGUUCAUUUGGCCGGCGCGACUUCGCCCCAGAGAGGCUUCCGGGCCGGCGGGCGGGGGGACGCUGCAACCUCCCUCUCGGGGAAGGGCUUCCUGGCGGGGUUGUGGGGUUCUUCCCUUCAGGUCGCGGGGCUCACGGGGUCCUCGGUCUUCUCGUUCGCGCGCAGGACAAGGAGAAGAAGAAGAAGGAGAGCAUUUUGGACCUCUCCAAGUACAUCGACAAAACCAUCCGCGUCAAGUUCCAAGGGGGGCGGGAAGCCAGCGGUGUCCUGAAAGGAUUUGACCCUCUUCUCAACCUGGUGCUGGACGGCACCAUAGAGUACAUGAGAGAUCCGGAUGACCAGUACAAGCUCACCGAAGAUACGCGCCAGCUCGGACUGGUGGUCUGCAGAGGGACCUCCGUGGUCCUCAUCUGCCCGCAGGACGGGAUGGAAGCUAUACCGAACCCCUUCAUUCAGCAGCAAGAUGGCUAACCUGUCCAGGCUGCCGUUCAAGCCUUAGGAGGACUGGAGUGCGGUUGUCCUGAAAAGAAGCCUCUUUUGCAAGAAAAAUUAUUUUUUUACACUCAUUUUAUAUAGGAGAAGGACCUUAUAACUUUUUUUUACAUUGUAUGGCACCAUGUGUUGGCAGGGAAAAGCCUUGCAGUGAGGUGAUGUCUUUUGUCUGCAGCCGGUUUAGAGUGUCUUGCUGCUGUAAACAAUUGAAAGUGCAUAAGAAGGUUCAGUGAAAUACAACAGACUAUUCUUGGCGGUUCUUGGUCCUUUACUCCCUGGAUGAACAAUGUAGUUCUUCCCUGGAUUGGUCCUGUUUCACCAGGCCUUCAUCGUUGUCUGCUGACAGCUCUGUGCUGCUUUCUCAGGAUGGGGUGUAGGACAACUGAACAGCCUCGUGAACUUUUUGGUAAGAAUUGUAAAGAAAUGGUGAUGAAAUUUGUGUAGUUCGUCAGCUUCAAGGGAUGUGUUCCUUUUUUGUUGUUGUUGUUUCUCACUGGAGAAGGAGAGUUUCUGAGUUGAUAUAUAAUAAAAUAUAUCCUGAACCUUC